AUUUGGGAAUCACUUCACCCAGCACUAAAAUGCGAUCCCCUCUUUGGGGUGAAAAGUGGAACUGUUCAAGAACACAGCUCAACAGUUUAGGAAGGGAAGUGAAGAGUACUGUAUCCAAUUGAAACCGCAGAGGGAGCUCUAGUUUUCUGGAUAUGUCCCAGAAGGAUCCCUGCCAGAAGCAAGCCUGUGAAAUACAGAGAUGCUUGCAAGCCAACAACUACAUAGAAUCCAAGUGUCAGGAUGUAAUCCGAGAGCUACGAAGGUGCUGUGCCCGGCACCCUAAAGGGAAGUCUGUUGUCUGUUCAGGCUUCGAAAAGGAGGAUGAAGAACGCCAGAAGCUUAAGCCUGAGUCAGAGUGAACCUCUACAGAAAGAUGAACAGUCGAUCGAGCAGUUUUUAUUUGGUCUCCUGAACCGGAGUCCUAAUUGCCAAAUGGAAAAGUCAAGUCUAAGAAUAAAUGGUUAUGUUAUCCAGGCCACAGAAUACAUGCAGAGAAUAAAGCCUGGUAAAGAAAUAAGGUGUGAUUUCUAAAACCUGUUACUAUGCUAAGUGGUAAAUUGUAACAGAGCUGACCUGAUAAAAUAAAUGAAUAAUAUAGGA